CGGAGACAGAGAGAGGGAGAGAGAGAGAGACAGACAGACAGACAGACAGACAGACAGACAGACAGACAGACAGACAGACAGACAGACAGAUAGACAGACAGACAGACAGACAGACAGACAGACAGACAGACAGACAGACAGACAGACAGACAGACAGACAGACAGAGACAGAGAGACAGAGAGAGAGAGAGAGAGAGACAGACAGACAUAGAGACAGAGAGAGAGACAGACAGACAGACACAGAGACAGAGAGAGAGAGAGACACAUAGAGACAGAGAGAGACAGAGAGAAGGAGACAGACAGACAGACAGACAGACAGACAGACAGACAGACAGACAGACAGACAGACAGACAGACAGACAGACAGACAGACAGACAGACAGACAGACAGAACAACAGGUAAGGAUGCUUUGGGUUCUUCUGCUCGGCGUCUGUCUGCGCUUGGCCUCGGCUGCACGGCUGGGGGUGGUGCAGACAGAGGGGGGGCUGGUGGAGGGGAAGAGUGUCAAGAUGUCUUUCUUAUUCCGGACCGUCGACGUCUUUAAAGGCGUCCCCUUCGCUGACGUCCCCGGAAAGUGGGAGAAACCGAAACCACACCCUGGAUGGAGCGGAGUCCUGAAGGCGGAUACAUAUCGGGACCGCUGCCUGCAGGUAACGCUGCUGCAGACAAAAACCCAGGGCAGCGAGGACUGUCUGUACCUGAAUAUCUUUGUUCCACAGGGACUGAAACUGUCGCAGAACCUCCCCGUGAUGGUUUACCUGUUUGGGGGGGCCUUCCUGUUGGGAGCAUCUAAUGAUGUGUCGUUCCUCGGGGAGUCGCUGUACGACGGGAAGGAGAUGGCCGACCGCGGCGACGUCAUCGUGGUGACGGUGAACUACCGAGUCGGUACGCUGGGAUUCCUCAGCUCCGGAGACGCCCGGCUGCCAGGAAACUACGCGCUGUGGGAUCAGCACGCUGCCAUCUCCUGGGUCCGCAGGAACAUCGCAGCGUUCGGAGGAAACCCCGACAACAUCACCAUCUUUGGGCAGUCGGCCGGAGCUGCCAGCGUCAGCUUCCAGAUGCUGUCCCCCCACAGCAAAGGGUUAUUCCGCAGAGCCAUCUCUCAGGGCGGAGUGGCCCUUAGCCCCUGGGCCCUGCAGAGGAACCCCAUGGCUCUCACCAAGAAGAUUGCUCGUAAGGUGGGCUGCUGGAGGAACGAUGAAGACCAAAUGAUCGCGUGUCUGAAGAUGAGCGACCCGGUCGGGCUCACCAUGGCUGGAAAAAUCGACGUGUUGUUGAUUCUGGGGAAAGGUGUGGUUAUGGAUCUCCUUGAAUUUUCUCCGGUGAUCGACGGGGACUUUCUCCCUGAUGAACCCAGUAAACUGUUUCAUAAUGCCGCUCACAUCGACUUCAUGGCCGGGGUCAACAGCAUGGACGGACACAUCUUUGCUGGAGUGGAUGUUCCUUCUAUCAACCAGAAAAAUGGCAACACCACUGUUGAGGAUGUGCGGGGUCUUCUGGCUGGUCUCACUAAAGAGAAGGGGGCCACCGCUGUGGGGUCAGCCUACAGCGUUUACUCGUCUAACUGGGGGUCCCAUCCAGAGCCGGAGCUGGUGAAGAAGACGGUAGCCGACAUCGAGACCGACUUCCUGUUCCUGGUUCCCACUCAGAUAGCCCUCCAGCUCCACGCCAACAAUACCAGUGGCGCCCGAACCUUCUCCUACCUGUUCACCAUGGAGACUCGCAUCCCGGGGUUCCCUCGCUGGGUGGAGGCAGAGCAUGCUGAGGACCUGCAGUACCUGUUUGGGAAACCCUUCUCCAUGCCGCUCGUCUACUUCCCCCGACACCGGGACCUGUCCAAGUACAUGAUCGCCUACUGGACCAACUUCGCCAGGACCGGUGAUCCCAGUAAAGGUGAGAGCAGAGUCCCAGCUGUUUGGCCCGCCUUCACCAGAAACCACCGACCCUACCUGAACAUCAACCACAAGAUCAGCAAGUCCUCCAUCAGCUACGACCUGAGAUCAGGCUACGUUUCCUACUGGACCCAGACCUACAGCCGCCUGCCGUCAGUCCAGGGGGGGGACAAACAGAUCUGAGGGUUUCAUUAUGAACCUCUUCCUCAUCUUAUACAAUAGCUGCAGGAUAAUAAAUAAUACUGAAUGAAGCAUAA